AUGGACUCUCUGGCUCUAUUAAGCAUCCUAGAGGACCCCGAUCUCUUUAGAGAAAAAGCUGGGGAUAUACGAAAAGAUCUUUUAGCACACAUUAAGGCUCAAGAUAUCACCGUGAAACAGGUACAUGAUGACUUAGAAACAUCGAGAACUGCCAACAAGGCUUUCAAGCAGGCAUUAUCUGAAAUUGGUACUGUGGUUAUUUCAGUCGCUAUGGGAGAUUUGAGCAAAAAAGUGGAAAUCCACACCGUUGAACUGGAUCCUGAAAUCUUGAAGGUCAAGAUCACUAUCAAUACAAUGAUGGAUCAAUUACAGGCGUUUGCUAAUGAAGUCACGAAGGUGGCAACCGAAGUCGCCAAUGGAGAAUUGGGGGGCCAAGCGAAAAACGAAGGCUCAGUCGGAAUCUGGAGAUCUUUAACUGAUAAUGUGAAUAUUAUGGCUUUAAAUUUGACUAAUCAAGUUAGAGAAAUUGCUGAUGUUACUAGAGCUGUUGCUCGUGGUGACUUGUCUAGGAAAAUUAAUGUUCAUGCCCAAGGAGAAAUCUUACAAUUACAAAUGACUAUUAACACUAUGGUGGAUCAAUUGAGAACUUUUGCGUUUGAAGUGUCCAAGGUUGCUAGAGACGUCGGUGUCUUGGGUAUUUUGGGUGGUCAGGCUUUUAUUGAAAAUGUUGAAGGUAUUUGGAAGGAAUUAACUGAUAAUGUGAAUGCUAUGGCCUUGAAUUUGACGACCCAGGUUAGAAAUAUUGCUAAUGUGACUACUGCUGUUGCGAAAGGUGAUUUGUCUAAGAAGGUUACUGCGGAUUGUAAAGGUGAAAUCUUGAAUUUGAAAUUAACUAUCAAUCAAAUGGUGGAUCGAUUACAGAAUUUUGCUCUAGAAGUUACAACAUUGUCCAGAGAAGUCGGUACAUUGGGUAUUUUGGGAGGGCAGGCGAAUGUUCAAGAUGUUGAAGGUGCAUGGAAAGCGGUGACAGAAAAUGUGAAUCUAAUGGCAACUAAUUUGACAAACCAAGUCAGAUCUAUUGCUACGGUUACGACUGCGGUCGCCCAUGGUGAUUUAUCUCAGAAGAUUGAUGUCCAUGCCCAAGGGGAAAUUUUACAGUUGAAGAAUACCAUCAAUAAGAUGGUGGAUUCUUUACAAUUGUUCGCUCUGGAAGUUUCCAAAGUCGCAAGAGAUGUCGGUAUUAAUGGUAAGUUAGGUAUUCAAGCCCAAGUCAGUGACGUUGAUGGACUUUGGAAGGAAAUUACUUCUAAUGUCAAUACUAUGGCUUCAAAUUUGACGUCACAAGUGAGAGCGUUUGCUCAAAUUACUGCAGCAGCUACAGAUGGUGAUUUCACGAGAUUUAUUACUGUUGAAGCAAGUGGUGAAAUGGAUGCCUUGAAGACAAAGAUCAAUCAAAUGGUGUUGAAUUUGAGAGAAUCUAUUCAAAGAAAUACUGCUGCAAGAGAAGCUGCAGAAUUAGCCAAUAGUGCUAAAUCUGAAUUCUUAGCAAACAUGUCUCAUGAGAUUAGAACCCCAUUAAAUGGUAUUAUUGGUAUGACCCAAUUGUCCUUGGACACUGAGUUGACUCAAUAUCAAAGAGAAAUGUUAUCUAUUGUCCAUAAUUUGGCCAAUUCACUUUUGACAAUUAUUGAUGAUAUAUUGGAUAUCUCAAAGAUCGAAGCCAACAGAAUGACUGUGGAGCAAAUCGACUUCUCUUUGAGAGGAACAGUAUUUGGUGCUUUGAAAACUUUAGCAGUAAAGGCAAUUGAGAAAUCUUUAGAUUUGACUUAUCAAUGUGAUUCAUCCUUCCCAGAUAAUUUAAUCGGUGAUUCAUUUAGAUUAAGACAAGUCAUUUUGAACUUAGCAGGUAAUGCUAUCAAGUUUACUAAAAGAGGUAAAGUUAGUGUUUCAGUUAAGAAAUCAACGAAAUCAACGAUCGAUGGAGAUCAUAAUAAUAAUGAAAAGUUAUUAUUGGAAGUUUGUGUGAGUGAUACUGGUAUUGGUAUCGAGAAGGAUAAACUUGGCUUAAUUUUUGAUACUUUCUGUCAGGCAGAUGGUUCUACGACCAGAAAAUUUGGUGGUACAGGAUUGGGGCUUUCUAUUUCUAAACAAUUAAUUCAUUUGAUGGGUGGUGAAAUUUGGGUUACCUCUGAUUACGGUGAAGGUUCCAACUUUUACUUUACUGUUAGUGUGUUUCCUUCUAACAUUAGAUAUACUAGACAAACCGAACAAUUAUUACCUUUUAGUUCCCAUUAUGUGUUAUUUAUUUCUACUGAACACACAGAUGCACAAUUGGAAGAAAUCAAGAAUGGUAUAAUAGAAUUGGGAUUGAACCCAAUUUUUGUUAGGGACAUCUCAGACGCCAAUUUGGAAGAGCCAGUGAAGUAUGAUAUCAUUAUGAUUGAUUCUAUUGAAAUAGCUAAAAACUUAAGACUAUUACCAGAAGUGAAAUACAUUCCCUUGGUCUUGUUACAUCAUUCCAUUCCAGAAUUAAACAUGAGAGUUUGCAUUGAUUUGGGUAUCUCCAGCUAUGGUAAUACUCCUUGUUCGAUAACAGAUUUGGCAAGUGCAAUAAUACCUGCAUUGGAAAGUAGGUCUAUUUCUCAAAAUACAGAUGAAUCUGUUUCUUAUAAGAUUCUUUUAGCUGAAGACAACUUAGUUAACCAGAAGUUGGCUGUUAGAAUUUUAGAGAAGCAAGGACAUCAAGUCGAAGUUGUCGAGAAUGGGUUGGAAGCUUAUAAUGCCAUCAAGAAGAAUAAGUACGAUGUAGUCUUAAUGGAUGUUCAAAUGCCUGUAAUGGGGGGUUUUGAAGCUACAGAAAAGAUAAGACAAUGGGAAAAGAAGUCUAAUCCUAUUGACUCUUUAUCUUUCAGAACUCCAAUUAUUGCUUUAACAGCUCAUGCUAUGUUGGGUGAUCGUGAAAAGUCUUUAGCAAAGGGAAUGGAUGACUACGUGUCCAAACCUUUGAAACCAAAGCUUUUAAUGCAAACAAUAAGCAAGUGUAUUCAUAAUAUCAGGCAAUUGAAGGAAUUAUCAAAGCAGAAUAAUAGAACCUCAGACUUGGCCAAGAACUUGAAGAAAGGAUCUAUAAAGAGUGGUGAACAUUCUACCACAAACCUCUUGUCUGGAAUUACAUCAUCACCAAAUGGAAAUGUAAAUGGUGGUGGAUCUACGGGGUCGACUACUCCAAUAUUGUACGACAGUAGUUAUUCGGGCUCACCGGGGACAAAGAAAAGUUCAAUGGACAAUGGAAACGGAAUCAGCUCUAGACCUGGCCAGCUCUCUGCUCAAAAUAGAUCAGUUACUGAAAGUAGCAUAAUUUUCAAUUCUAGACCAACAGAAAAUGAAGAACAACCACCAAAGUUUGAAUAUUUGGAUUAA